CCCUGCGUCGCGCGCCCGCCGGCGGCACUCGGCGGAGUUCAGCGCGCGCUUCCCUUCGCUCGCAUCAGUAUGGUGCGGUGACGGGAGCCGCGCGCGAUGGCACUGGGCACCCGCAGCUCGCGCGACGAGCACUAGAGAGCUCAGCAAGAGGCAGCAGAACUCGCCCGCCGUUGCUUCAAGGAUGUUCUUCCCACAUGCGGCUUUCUCGGCUCUAAAUCACACACUUGUGUUGGGAAUAACGUGCUUGACCAUCUUCUGCAGCUUCACCCAAAGUUCCCCCGAGUUCUCAGGCUACCUGUCCACAAGUUUGAGGAACUACACAGAGCAGGCCUGCGAUGGGGAGUACUUCUCAGUGCGCUGUCCGCCCCACACCACCAUCAGCAUCCAGGCUUCGUUCUAUGGAAGCAAAAGCCCCGCACCCCUGCAGUGCCCACCCCACUCCGCCCUGCCAGGAACCGACACACACUGCUACGUGUCCACGUCAUCACAGAAGAUGCUGGAUGAGUGCCAGGACAGAAGGAGCUGUCAGGUUCUUGUCAAUAGCCGCCUCUUCGGGAUGGACCCUUGCCCAAGCAGCAGCAAGUACCUCAUGGUGUGGUACAAAUGUAGGCCGAAUGAGUACAAGAGCAAGGUGGCCUGUGAGGGAGAGCACAUGAGGCUGAGCUGCAGGAGGGGUGCCAUCAUCGUCAUCUACUCUGCCACCUUCGGGCGCUCCCAGCAGGGCAGCUCGGAGUGUCCGGCCCACAGUCGGAGGGUGCCCGCAGUAGACUGCCAGUCAGGAAGCACACUCGCAGUGCUGACGUCCCGCUGCCAAGGCAAGAGGAGCUGCUCUGUCCAGGCUUCCACCAGGGAGUUUGGAGACCCGUGCUACACAGGGACCCGGAAGUACCUCAAUGUCAUCUAUACCUGCGUCCCCAGGAAGCUGCUGCAGGAGGCUGUCCCCGAGCCAGCGGCGUACCCCCACCCCCUCCCCCACGACCCCAACGUUGUAGGAGACAGCGCCCCUCCGGACGGAACUCCACACUUGACUGCUGACUCCGAGCCAGGAAAAAAGACACGGGGAAGGAAGUCCGGUGUGUACUCUGUGGGAGAGAAGACAAUUUGGGUGGGAGCAGAUGAGCGACCCCCCCUCACCCUGAGCCCCACGAUGGAUUCCAUGCCAGUCCACACCGAGAUGACGUUGAUCAGCAGUGCUAUAGCUGCCUACAUGUUUAUAGCUGACCACCCAGAGCGUGCCGCCUUGUACUUUGUGUGCGGAGUGUGUCUGGGCCUGAUGCUCACACUCUUGGCCUUGGUGGUGCGGAUUUCCUGCCAUGCUGAUUGCCGUGCCCAGGUGCCAGAGAAGCGGACCCGUGUGGCGCGCAGCGACAGCCACUCCAGCGACAGCGAUUCAGACUGGGACUCGGCCUCAGAUCUAUCGGCGCGCCGCCACCGCCGUUUCGAGCGGACUCUUAACACCAAUGUGUUUGCGUCAGCUGAGGAGCUGGAGCGGGCACAGCGGCUGGAAGAACGCGAGCGCAUCAUCCGCGAGAUUUGGAUGAACGGGCAGCCCGAUGUCCCUGGCACGCGCAGCCUCAACCGAUACUACUAGACCAACCCUGCAAGUUCCGGGCUUUCUCGGGUCCUCUUUAACUUACUGCAGUGGGAAUAAGCUCUUCAGCAUGGGAAGCUCAAGCUCAGAGCUGGAGGCAGAGUGACAGCUAUGCAACACUGGCUUUGUCCAGCCUUUCUGUGUUUCUUUCACAGUGGAGAUCUUAAGGGAUUUCUGCUAUAGCUAUUAGCCCUGUUCUAAGACUAAGGAAUGGACAACUGACAUUGUUGGAGGAGAACUGAGAAAUGGGCUAUUUAAGUGUCCAGUGGAAGGACUUGGCAAGCCUUGCUUUGAACAUAGAAUUCAAAGAGACAAUCUUUGAGGAAUUAAAAACACGGUACCAUGUCUAAAAUUAUGGUAGAAUGGGGCAUGUGGACUUCAAAGUUACCAUUAUUGGGACAAUGACAUGUUAAAGACGAUCACAUAACUGAUAACCAAAAAAAAAAAAUCAUCUCAGCCCUUAUGAAAUCUAUUUUGAUAUUUAAUAGAUUUAUUUUUGUGUUAUGAAAUAUUUUUAUACAAUGGCAGAGCUUUGUCUGACACCUCAGGGAUGGAACCCUUUUGUUUCAUUGUAUGACCAUUUGUAUUUUUUUGUAAGAAGGGGCUUACUGCAUGCAUUGUUUGAGAUGUCAGAAUUUUUUAAAAACAGAAAAACUGUCUUUAAAACCUCAAAGAGGGAACAAUGUUUUUUUUUUUUUUUUUCCUGGAACGUGCAGAGUGUUGUGUCUUGCCCAGCUGAAAGUGGUUACUUUAGAAAUACAUGGUUGUGAAAUGUACAGUUGUACCGAUAACGUUGUUCUACUGUGUCAGGGAUAGAACAGCAGAGCCGGGAAGCUGAGCACUUCUUAUUUGAAAAGGAGUCACAUAGUGAUGUGUUACACCUGUCAAUUACCCUAGAAACAGCCAGCGCUAACCUUGAAUAGCCGCAGUCUGAAAUGGAUUCUCUUUCAAGAACAGCUUAAUUAAUUCACUUACACUAGUAACACACCUUUGACUAAGGCAUCAGCUAAAUCAAAAAUAACAAUUGAUUAGAACGCUCACAAAGUUAUUUGUUGGGCCAUUGUUAUUCAAGGAUGCUUGUAUUUUAUGGGACCAAUGGAGAUAUCCUCAGGAGGUUGUGUGCAGAACAUGAUUUAGGAGUCAAAAUUUUUUGAUCUGAUUCUUGGUUAAAGAUGCCAGUUCAAGUCCUAGCCUGUGCCCCUGUUUGUGGCCCUGUAGCGUUAUACAGCACAUGACAUAUGGACUAUUGAAUUUUAAAGUCCGUUUUUCAAUCUAUGAUGCCUUUAACCUUAGAGUCUGUUGAGUAAAAAUGUAUGCAACAAUUUUUUGUAGCAAUACAAUCCCCUUGCCUCUAAAAAAAAUAAUAUACAAUGUCCUGCUCUUUUUUACUGGUCAUAAAUUUUGUUAUAAAUUAGUUAUUUUCCUAAUAAUAAGAAGAGGUUAAGAGAAAUUGUCAUAUAUUACAGUCGUAAAAUUGCUGGCCUGUAUUUCUUGCAAUAAAGGUGGAUUGUGCUCAAAACGUCCUGAGAUUUGAAAUAUGCUAAAUGCUAGAAUUG